AAAAAGAAAGAAGGAAGGAAGUGGGACGGAAACGGGAUCGGAAGGAAGGAGUUUUGGACAAGGAAGGACGGAACACAGAAGAACACACAACGCACAAACACAACAUACACACGACAAAACACAACGUAGAAAUUUAGACGUCCAACGAACGGAGGAUUAAAACUCAGGUGAGCGCGGUUCGAGGUAGGCCAAUUCACGGGUCCGAUCAUUGGUGCCGUGACCAGGAUUGGUACCUCGGGUGGCCCAUCGAACGCCAUCGCGAUCAUCUGCGCGCCGAACGAGUUCGCCAUCGCUGCUGCGGAGAAAGUUCGCGGCCAUCGCGAUUGUUUUGGUUUGGCGCUCAGCAGUAGCAGAGUUCAUCGACCGGAGAGGAAAGUUCAGCGACCCCGCGCGGGUGAAGAGGACAUCCAUUGAUACGUGCACGGCCUGGUGGACAGGCUCACACGGUGAGUACACUUGUCCCCAUUUUUCCCGUAACUGGUGUCCUCAUUGCGCUGUUUUCGACUUUCUCGGUGCUGCUGUUCGCGACUUCUGCUGCUGCUGAGGUUCUGUUGGACGAUUGCUGGACGAUCACGAGCUGUUGGACCGACCGCUGGUUAUUUCGGCGACGAUUGGAGUACGGAAGGUACUUGUGCCGUACUGCUGGCCUGUUUGGCCAUUGUUUACCCGUGCUACGGGUGUUGUUUGUUACCGGGGGCGCGUAUUUAGUUACGGAUCUUUGCAAGGCCUGUACAGCCAGGCUCACAGGGUGAGUACUCGGCUGGAUUUUUCGUUGCUCGACGGUGUUUGCAAUAUUUUGCUUUUCUCGGUGGACGACGCGCUGCUAUUGAGGGAUUUUCGCUGUUCUUCGGCGACGUCAUCGCUGCGGCUGUGCAUUGGCCGACGGAGAGUUUUGGAGAGUAUCCUGUUGGGCGUUAAACAUACAAGGCCUUGUUUAAUAGGCUCACAGGUGAGCCUCUUUCCAACUCCCUAGCGAUCGUUUGUGUGGUGCUUCGCUUCGUUUUCUUUUCGCAGUUCAGCUGCCCUGCGUCACCAUGCCGAAGAAGGUCUCAUACAAGCUGAAGAUCCGCAACACAAUCCUUGCGUCUCUCAACCGCGCCGACAAGUUCCUGCAGAACUUUGUGCUGGAAAAGCACGCCGAUCAGGUGCAGUCGCGGCUCGAUGCGGUCAACCAGGCCUGGGCGGAGUUCGAGGCGCUCCAGCUUGAGAUCGAGACCAUCGAGGAGGAGGAUCUCAAGGAAGAGGAUGAUGUUACAGCCAUGGAGGAGGAACAUGAGCGAGUCCGAGAGCAGUUCGAAGGGUUGUACCACAAGGUAAGGGCAGGGUUGAAGUCGAGGUUGCCUUCUGGGGUUGCGUCUGGGUCUAGCGCAUGCGUUGCGCGUGCCGGCAUACAGUUGCCGAAGAUCACUUUGCCGAAGUUUAGUGGGGAGUACGAUGAGUGGUUGCCUUUCCACGACACUUUUAAGUCCCUCAUCCACGAAAACGUUGAUUUGACCGCGAUUCAGAAGUUCCACUACUUGCGAGACUGUCUUAUCGGUGAGGCCAAGAAGAUGAUCAACUCGAGUGAGUUCAGCGCGAAGAGUUACCAGGUGGUCUGGGACUUGCUGGUCAAGCGUCAUGCCAACAAGUAUCUCCAGAAGAAGCGCUAUGUCAACGGGUUGCUUCAGUUUCCGCGAGUGAAAGGGGUGUCGUCAAGUAGCAUCCACGACGUGGUGGAUCACUUUAGUCGCUGUACGCAGAUUCUGGACCAGUUGGGCGAAGUGACCGGUGGCUGGGGCGUGAUGCUGACGCAGUUGUUGGUGUCGAAGCUGGAUGACGUGACGCAGAAGGAAUGGGAGGCGUUGGCAGCCAAGAAGGAGGACCCGCAGUUCACCGACGUGAUAGCGUUCCUGGAGGAGCGGACGAAGGUCUUGGAUGCGGUCGCAGUGGAUCAGCUGUUGGGCAGUCAGCGUGGUUCUCCCUCCGUGUCUUCGGUUCCAGCAGCCCAGCCCAAGAAAUCGUUCCCGAAGCUGACAGUGAACGCCGCUUCCGACUCUUCCUCUCCGAAGUGUAGGAUGUGUAGCGGCCCGCACUUGCUUUCGAGCUGUUCGGAUUUCAAGAAGUUGUCGUUAGAUGGACGAAACAGGCUGGUUUUGACGAAGAGGCUCUGCAGAAAUUGUCUGUGGAGUGGCCAUUUCGUGAGGGACUGCAAUGUCAGAAGUCGCUGCUCCAAUUGCAGCGAGAAGCACAACACAUUGCUGCAUCCUGUUGGUAGGCUUGGUUCCGGUUCCACUCCGAACGCUGCGGUAACGGGAGAUUCACAGGAGGGUGGUUCGCGUUCCUCGACGGCGACGGCAGUUCAACCGCAAGCGGUGACGAGUUCGGUGGCCACAAUUUACGCUGCAAAUGUGGCGGCAGAGUCGCGGAAGGUUCACGUGUUCCUGUCGACGGUGCUCGUGGCGGUGAAGGAUUGCCAUGGCCGGUUGCACACCGCAAGAGCGUUGCUCGAUAGCGGGUCGCAGGCGAAUCUGAUCAGUGAGCGACUGUGUCAGAUCUUGAGAUUGCCGCGGAAGAAAGUUAGCGUGCCGAUCUCCGGCGUCGGAAGUUCCCGUAUGCAGGUUGAUAGCUCGGUGUCGGCGAUUGUCUCCUCGCGUGUCACCAACUAUACGGUCCCGAUGGAGUGUCUGGUGCUGAAGAAGGUGACGGAGGACCAGCCGUCGGCCACAAUUCCGAUCGACCAAUGGAACUUGCCCUCUGACAUGGUGUUGGCGGAUCCCGGAUUCCACAAGCGGGCUCCAAUUGAUUUGCUGUUAGGGCUGGAGUUCUUCUAUGAGUUUCUGUUGCUGAAUGGUGGCCGGGUGCAGAUCCAGCGGCCGGGAGAAGGUCUUCCGCUGUUCGUGAACACGGUCUUCGGUUGGAUAGCUGCGGGAAAGACCGAUCUGGGGAGUCUAAACCCCGUCCCGAGCUGUCACGUCUCCGUCAAUGCGACCCUGGAGGAGAAGAUCGAGCGUUUUUGGACGAUUGAGGAGCUGCAGGAGGCACCGAAGCGGUCGCAAGAGGAACAGGACUGUGAGGAGCAUUUUCAGGCCACGUUUUCACGCGACGUCACGGGUCGAUACGUGGUGCGACUUCCGAAGCGCAUGGGUUUCGAGAAGAUGGUCGGCGAAUCGCGAAAUUCGGCGGUGCGGCGGCUGAUGCAGUUGGAGCGGAGACUGGGCAAGGACGAAAGCUUGCGAAAGCGGUACAACGAGGCGAUUCAGGCGUACUUGGAUCAGGACCACAUGAAGGUUGUUUCGGAGGAGGAGCUGAAGAGCGACAAGCGGCUCGAAUGCUACCUGCCUCACCAUCCGGUCUUCAAGGAGUCUAGCACGACGACGAAGAUCCGGCCCGUGUUCGAUGGUUCUGCCAAGACGACGUCGAAUUUCUCGCUGAACGAGGCGCUGAUGGUCGGUCCGGUUCUCCAGGACCCGUUGUUCGAUUUGGUGUUGCGCUUUCGGAAGAAGCAGGUAGCUCUGGUUGCGGACAUCGAGAAGAUGUACCUGCAGGUUAAGGUCCAUCCGGACGAUACUCCUCUGCAGCGGAUUCUGUGGAGGCCUUCGCCGUCGGAGCCAAUAAGGACGUACGAGAUGCUACGGGUGACGUUUGGGUUGGCCCCAUCGUCAUACCUUGCCACGCGCUGUAUGCAGCAGUUGGCGCAGGACGAAGGAGAGGUGUAUUCACGUGCGAAAGAAGCACUGUUGCGUGACUUCUACGUGGACGAUUUCAUCGGUGGAGCGGACUCCGAAGAAGAAGCGCUUUUGUUGCGGCAGGAGCUGGAGCAGCUGUUGCCGAAAGGUGGAUUUAGGCUGCGCAAGUGGGUGUCAAACGCCACAGGGGCGUUGGCAGGGCUGGCUGCGGACGAUUUGGGUACGCAGACCACGCUCAGUUUCGACCAGGAGCAGGUGAAGACGCUGGGAAUAAACUGGCAGCCAGGGCCAGACGUUCUCGGCAUCGAUGUCACGGGUUUGUCCGUGAAUGGGCAAUGGACCAGACGGAAAGUCUAUUCGGUCAUUGCCCAACUUUGGGAUCCAACUGGGAUCACUGCUCCGGUCAUUUCGUGGGCCAAGAUUCGAAUGCAGCUGCUGUGGGUCGCGACUCAAGGCUGGGACGACCCAUUGAGACCGGAUUUGGCCGGGAGGUGGACUGAGUUCUACCAGCAGUUGCCGGAGUUGUCGAAGAUUUCGGUCGACAGGUGCGCUUUCGUGGAAAAUCCGGUCCAUGUCGAGUUUCACGUGUUCGCGGAUGCGUCCGAAGCGGCCUACGGAGCGUGCAUCUACGCUCGAUCGAUCAGCCAGUCGGGGCUGGUCAAAAUUUCGCUGUUGGCGGCCAAGUCGCGUCCCGCAGGGUUGAAAAAGGUCACCCUGGCGAGGUUGGAGCUGUGUGCAGCUUUGAUGGCAGCAAGGCUGUACCGGAAGGUCGUGCAAGCCCUCAAGAUGGAGGGCACGGAGAGUUGGUUCUGGUCGGACUCGACAGUCGUGCUGGCGUGGCUGAGGUCACCGUCGUACGUGUGGCCCACGUUCGUUGCGAACCGAGUCUCGCACAUCCAGGAGUUGACGAAAGGGCAUCGCUGGAACCACGUCAAGGGGACUGAAAACCCAGCGGAUCUCGUGUCCCGUGGAGUCAUGCCGAAAGAUCUCGUUGGAUUGCGGCUGUGGUUCUACGGUCCGAAGUGGUUGGAGUCCUUCGAGGAGUACUGGAGCAGAGUGAAGCAUUUGGAGGUCGACGAGCCUGCUGAAGAGUUGCUGGAGAAGAAGAAGAACGUGCUGAUCGUGUCUGCUUCCCCGGAACCUCACCCGCUCAUCGAUCGCUUCGGCAGUUACUGGAAGCUGCUGAGGAUUACGGCGUACUGCGUGAGGUUUGUCCGGAGAUGUCAGCGUCGCAAGCAGCCCCCUAAAACCCCAUUUCUCACCGUUGGAGAUUUGAAGGAGGCAAAGUUCGCUCUCGUGCGCGGCGUGCAGCAGGAACCCUUCGCUGCGGAGAUCAAGGCGCUCGCAAACCAUCGACUCGUUCCGGCUCACUCGUCGCUGAAGCUGCUCAACCCGUUUCUCGACCAGCAGGGCAUUCUGCGCGUUGGUGGCCGGCUUGGACUCGCAGGCGAAGCGUACUCUACUCGACACCCCAUGAUCCUUCCCAGCAGCAACGUUUUCACGCGACAAAUGGCGGUCGCGUACCACGAAACCUCGCUCCACUCUGGCCCCCGUAUGACGCUCGCUCAAAUUCGGCACGAAUUUUGGCCAUUGAACGGCAAACAAUUGGCAACUUACACUUUUCGCAACUGUGUGCGCUGUUUCCGUACCAACCCUGUCCCUAUAAAGCAACCCCCUGGUCAACUCCCAAAACCUCGAACAACCCCCUCUCGCGCAUUUACCGUCACCGGCGUAGACUAUUGUGGCCCUGUCUACCUGAAGCCCGUACACCGUCGAGCAGCUGCGCAGAAGGCGUACAUCGCGGUCUUCGUGUGCUUCAGCACGAAAGCGGUCCACCUAGAGCUGGUGGGGAACUUGACCACCGCUGCGUUUCUUGCUGCCCUGCGUCGUUUUGUUUCUCGCCGAGGUCUACCGUCCGAGAUCCACUCGGACAACGGUCUCAACUUCCAGGGAGCAAGCAACCACCUGCGCGAGCUGUACGAGCUGCUUCGGGACACCAAGGUGAUCACGGAGAUCACCAGCGAAGCGUCCCGUCGUGGGAUCGAGUGGAAAUUCAUUCCACCGAGAGCGCCGAACUUCGGCGGCCUAUGGGAGGCGGCCGUGAAGUCGGCCAAGACGUCGCUCGUCCGUGUGCUGGGUCAACGACAACUUUCCUUCGAGGACAUGGCGACCGUCCUCACCCAGAUCGAAGCGGCCAUGAAUUCGCGCCCGCUUACCCCGUUGUCGGAGGACCCGGACGAACUGGACGUGCUCACGCCCGGGCACUUUCUCGCCGGAUCGUCGCUGCUAGCGAUUCCGGAUCCGGACUACACGGACGUUCCUACGAAUCGGCUGCAACACUACCAGCAACUGCAACAGCUGGUGCAGCAACACUGGAAGCGGUGGAGGCGGGAGUACAUCUCGCAGCUCCACAACCAGAACCAGAAAUUCCCGCAAGCGACCCAGCUGAAGGCUGGACAGAUGGUGAUCCUCAAGGAGGACAACAAGGCGGCAAUCGAGUGGCCCCUCGCGCGGAUCGUUGAGGUCUACCCAGGCCCCGACGGCGUCGUUCGCGUCGUGAAGCUGCGUUUGCCGAACGGUGCGGUCUACAAGCGGCAGUCCGCACGUAUCUGUUUGCUGCCGUUCGAGAAGGACUCGGCGGUGCAGCACACGAACGCCUUCAACCCUCAACCAACACAAGGCGCAGCGUAGGAGGAAGAUCGCCGUCAACCGUCAACCCUACGGCGCAACGGAGUUGGUGAAGAAGGCGUCAGAAGAAAAUUUUGAAUUUUUGAAGUGCUAGUUUUAAGUAGGUUAAGUUUUUCAAAUUAGCGUUUAGAUUUUUUGCAAGUUUAAAUUCUUAGGGAAUUUAAGGUGGCCGGCAUGUUUGGUUGCAGAGUAAAAUUGACUCGCCACCCUGCCGUGUAGCAUAAAUUCUCUUGCUAUAAUUUGCGUACAUACACGGCAGGGUGGUGGUAGUGGUAGUCUUGAUCGUCGCGAUCACGCGCACAAUUGCACCGUUUUUCUGCAUUCCUCUUCACACUGCCUGGGCCAAAUUAUCAGUUGAAUAAAAUCGUCGUCGCGGCCGGAUCGCGUUGCUUUUCCUUGAGAGGAAUUUGUUUACGUUUGGACUUAGCGAAUAAAGUCUCGAUCGGAAGGAAUAAAAUUGUAGUUUUCCG